AUGCCUGGACGUGCAGAUCCGACAGCAUGGGUAGAGACUCUGCGAGCCGCGGCGCCGGACAUCUCUACAAAGGAUGCCCUGCGGCAAGCUAUCUUUGACAACUUGGGAAAGUCCAACGUGAGGGUGAACAAAAUCGUCUUCAAAGGGGAAAGCAGCUUUAUGGCUCAUGGACACUGUCAGGAGCACCCGGCUUGUUCAGUCAAAUUCCGAUUCCUCACGGAAGAUGGCGAUUUAGUUGUCUACAGUCAAGGGGACCACUCUCUGCCACCUGAUAGUAACAAACGCCACGGACAUGCAGUCAGAGUCAGUCACUUGAAUCCUCUGCAGGCGCGACGUCAUAAUCUUGGCCAUACCAUCUUGGGACAAACUUACGGACACACCGGAACUCCGGAACCCUGUUUCAAGGUUUUUGCUUUGUUUUCCCCAUCGGUUUCCUCAGCGGUCCUGUUGCCCUGUGUUAUUUUCCAUGUCAUCACUCACAUGAAUGUUGCACAGAAGUCUGUGGACAAGAGUUUUGCAAGCAUGUCGCCGGAACACUGGGAGGCCAAAGCGCAACUCAUCUCCGAGCGGUUACCAGAGCAGGAGAUGCCGACCAUGAAGCAAAUCGAGCAAGCGCAUCGCAAGCGCCAGAAGGCAUCGCGUCCAGCUGCUGCCAGUGCCGAGGAAACCUUGCAAGGAUGGGUUGAGUGGGUGGCAGCUCGAACAGAGAACCCUGAGGCCCACAACUUUGAAUACCACCCUCUGCGAACAGAUUCGGAAUGGCUCGGACUUGGAGCCUUUGCAGAAGUCGUUGAUCUCAAGGCAGCUCCUGGAUCUUGUCUGUUUCUGUCGCCUGCUCUAAAGGACUGCGUUGAAGACAGUGCAUGCGUUGCAGCGAUGACGCUGAAGAAGCCAAAAACGCGUAACGAGCUGACGAAGCGCAUGUUCAAAGAGGGGCAGCGAGGUACUCGCACAGUGUGCCUGGUGGCAGAUUUCACUUACAAGAUCAGUUGCUCAGGCUGGGGACUCGGCUUGCUCUGUUGGCCCUCGAAGCACUUGCAGCGGGAAUCUGCGACCUGUGUGCCUUCUACAGAAGCAAUCAUUGCAGGGUGCAUAUGGGCACCCAAGGAAGAUUUGGAAUCAUGGACAUCAGGACUCGUGACUUUCUUGGACGUCUAUGGCAACUAUGGUAUCGAUAUAGUGAAGCACCUCCGAGCUGUGAUUCUGGAUGGGCAUCCAGCUGGCCUAGCAGCUGCGCAGAAGGUCUUUCCACCAUCAAUCGAGAUCUGGCGUGACGUCAGGCAUCAGUUGGCCAACGUUCGGAGAUUCGAUGGAGCUGGUGGCCAGCAGUUCUGCGAUUACGUUGCAGCCUCCAUCCAGUAUUCGUGGCCGUCUCAGGAUGGUUCGGUACGUGGAGGAGCAGGUACUGACGUGGGACGAAAAAAAACAAUGCUGGACAGCGGCUUGGUGGAGUGGACUCUGCUCCACAGCAUGCCCAGGAUUCGGGACAUCAACUUUGUAAGUGCUGAGGAAUGUCGCUGCAACACGGCAGCAGCAGAAGCAAUGGCAACAACGGUGGCAAAACCCACAACGACCACAGCAGUGGCAUAUGGCGGCGGUGAUGAUGACAACCGCCACCAUCACAAGGACGCCCACAAUGGCCCACAAAUACCACCGACUAGAAAAGAGGCUAUACGGCGCAAAGUGCAGAUCCCAGUGUUCUUUGACACAUCACUGCCCGAAACGGCCCGAAAACGUAAUUUGAGGUGGAAUCUCUCCAGAAUGCGAGAAACCAAUGUGAAAACGGACGGUCUUCCGGAAGGGUAUCAGGGCUGGCCACUUCAGGCCAUCCAGCCGCUUGUGGAAAGUAGCAUCCUGGCAAACGGCAUCAAAAAAGGUUGGUUCGAUGAGUCUUGCAACGUGUCAGACAGCUGGCAGCCAUAUUCAGCCUACUUGCGGCCUGUGCCGGCAUUCGUUGGCGGCAGCUUUGUGCAAUGCGACAGGGUGGAGAUCGAGGAGGACCUUCAACGCAAGGUGCCGUGUGCGGCCAAGUAUGCCACUUUUUUGCUGCAUUCAAUGACAGUUUCGACAUGCUCCGACACAGUGCUCCUUGGUGGAGUUUUGAAACCCACCCGUGUCUACUCCUACAACUUCGACACGGCUGAUGGGACCAUCGACGAGCAGACCCACCUUGCAUUCUUGGAAAUGAUGUCUGCGCCGGACCAAUCGGCAUUGAUGGCAGCUUGCAAAAAACUGCGGCUACUGCGUGACGAUGGUGACCUGCAUUUACCAAAUUUCCGUGGCUUGCUGGCCCAGGUGUGCCAGUGCUACUUCCUGGCAACUCCGUGGAAUGGGUGGCUCGAAGCUGACGGCUUUGUGUCACUGGCCACCACGGACAUGUUCACCGAAAAGCAUGCGCCUGGAAACAUUGACGAAGCAGAUGCUCGGCUACGGACUGACAAAGGUGCAGGCAGGCCAGUGGCGAUGCCAAAAAAAUCCGCCUGGUCGACAAUGGAAGCGAUUCGCAGCAAAGUUGCAAAGAAGGCAGCUGAUCGAAAGAGAAAAGCAGAUGAGCGGAAGGAGCUUGCAUGGGAGCUGUUCCGCAAAGGAUUGAAGCCUGAUGCCACCGAGGCACCGUUGCUGGAGGGCCAGGCAAGACACGUGGCAAUGGGCAAGUUGGUGAAGCGCUUCGAAAGCGACGGCUUCAGAAAGACCUUUGCUGCCUUGGUGGCUGUGGAGUCCAAUCUAGUGAUUUUGAGCGAAGCUCGCAAGUUCAAUUUGGUGCAUAUCGUGGAUGCCUUGAAGAGCCACAGAGCUUUGCCCAUGGCCGAGCUGGCAGAGCGCAUUUUGCGCAGGUGGCGCUCUUGA